CGUCCUCGUCUUCGUCCACGGCCUCGGCGCCGCCACCGCGCGGACCGCCGCCGGCCGCCGCCUGACGCCGCCCGGUUUUCGGCCGGCCAACAUACUGGCCGUGGAGACGGUGCCGGGCCGGAGCCACUGGAAUUUCAUGAGCGCCGUGCUCCGGGCGCUGACCGACCGCGGCCACUCGGUGGUGGCGUUCACGUCUUACCCGUCGCAGCUGCCGCCGUCCGCGCACGGCAACUACACGGAAGUGGACACGUCCGCCGUGCUGACCCGGCACGCCGGCGAACGGGCGUCCCGCGUGCUGUCCGACUACAGCCGGCUGUCGUACAUCGUGCCGUCCGUGGUCCGGUGGAGCAGGCAGUUCUGCGACGCGGUGUACGACAUGGAACAGGUCCGGGCGCUCAUGGUCAACGGCACCGACACGGCGGCGCGGUUCGACCUGCUGGUCACCGAGCCGCUGGGCUCCGAGUGCGUGGCGCACCUGGCCGCCGCGGUCGGGCUGCCCAUGGUGUACGUGGUGCCGACGCCCAUGAUCACGUACAUGCAACCGUCCAUCGUCGGCCACUCGGCCAACCCGGCGUACGUGCCGCACCUGUUGUACGGCUCGGCGGUCCGGGCGUUCCGGCACAGGUUGGCCAACACGGCCGUGUACGCUUACGGCCGGCUGGUCCGGUGGUACGCCGAGCUCACGGACCGCCGGCGGCCGUACGACGUCGGCCAGCCCGCCAAACCGUCAGUGGUGUUCGUCAACAGCCACCACGUCACCGAGCCCACAAUGUUGCUCCCCCCCAACGUCAUACACGUCGGCGGGAUACACUUGGACCGGCCGGCCAGCGGCCAACUGCCGACCAAUAUCCAAGAAUUUAUUGACAAUUCCCCGCAUGGAGUUGUAUAUUUUACGUUCGGAUCAGUCGUAGCCAUGUCAAGUUUGCCUGAUCAUAUUCAGAAUACAUUUAAAAACGUAUUUCGACAAAUUCCUCAAAGAGUUUUGUGGAAAUUCGAAGGUGAAAUGAAAGAUAAACCGGACAACGUGAUGACAGGCAACUGGUUUCCACAACGUGACGUUCUGUUACACCCAAACGUCAAAUUGUUUAUAAGUCAUGGUGGAAUAUCUGGUGUGUACGAAGCAGUGGACGCGGGUGUUCCAGUUUUGGGCUUUCCGCUUUACUACGAUCAACCGAGAAACUUACAAAGUCUAGUGAACGCGGGUAUGGCAAUCACAAUGGAAUUGUUAUCGAUCAAUGAACAACAAUUUCUACACGGCAUCAAAGAACUUUUACACAAUCCAAAUUAUACAAAAAAUGCUAAAAUCACAGCAGAACGAUUCAAAGACCGUCCGAUGACGCCUCAAGAAUCGGUCGUCUAUUGGAUGGAAUAUGUGCUUCGUCACAAAGGUGCACACCAUUUAAAAUCUGAAGCCCUAAACCUUACGUGGUAUCAAUACAUGUUAUUGGAUGUGAUUUUGGUAUUUGUCGUGUCGUUCCUGGUCAUGAUGUAUUUGAUUUACAAGACAUUUAGAUAUUUUUAUUCAUUUGUCGCGAAUCACUUGAUUAGUGUCAAAGUUAAACAGCAGUAGGUGAUAAUGAUAUGUAAUUAAUUAUAAAUACAUUCUUCAAAAAAUGUAAACAUGCCUAUUUAUAACUUGACUUAUAGAUGACUUAUAGGUAUAAAUGUAUAAUAGCUGUCAAAUCAAUCGUUGAUCUCUGUUUUACACUAAUACACACGUUUAUAUAUAUAUAUACUAUAUAAAUUAUGUUAUUAAGUAGUCAUAGAUAAAUAUUUCAAUGACAUAUGCACUGCUUAGUGUACAGUGCCACUGUUCUUCGCACUUACUCUUCAGUCAGCAUUAUUAUAAUUUUAAUAUUAUAUAUGUCUUGUUAUAAUUUUUUUUUU